AUGGCUACAACAGCAGCAAAUACUCAAAGACAGACAAUAGGCUGUGAGGAAUACAGUCUGUACAGCAGCUUGAGUGAAGAUGAGCUUAUAAAGAUGGCCAUCCAGCAGAGCCUGCAAGAGGACCCUGUGGGCCAGGCAGCUGCCCACCAGAAGUCGAUGGUGGCAGGUCCGGGCGAGAGCGCCAGCAGCCACAACCCGCCCUACCGCCUCUACCCUUGGCAAAGAUUGGCGGCCCAGCCCAGAGGUCAUGCUCAGACGUCCAGCUUGGGGGCAGCCUCGGGGGUCAGGCGAAGGUACGACGGCAGCCUGUUCAGCACAUCCCAGCCCGUAGAACUUGACCCUGUAGUGGCAGCAAUCAAAGAUGGAGAUGAAAAAGCAGUAUGCAACAUGAUGAAAUCAGGAAAAAACCUUUCUGAACCUAAUAGAGACGGCUGGAUCCCCCUCCAUGAAGCUGCAUACUAUGGCCAAGUGGGUUGCCUGAGCCUGUUGCAAAAAGCGUACCCCGGCACAAUUGACCAGCGCACGCUCAAUGAGGAGACGGCUCUCUACUUGGCCACCAGCCGGGGCAACCUGGACUGCCUGCUCAGCCUGCUGCAGGCUGGGGCCGAGCCCGACAUCUCCAACAAGGCCAGAGAAACUCCGCUCUACAAAGCCUGUGAGCGCAAGAACGCAGAGGCCGCAAGACUCCUGAUACAGUAUAAUGCUGACACCAACCAUCGUUGCAAUCGAGGAUGGACUGCUCUCCAUGAGGCUGUGUCCCGAAAUGACCUGGAGAUUAUUGAUAUCCUUGUGAAAGGGGGUGCCAAGAUCGAGUCUGCAAAUACCUAUGGGAUCACAUCUUUAUUUGUGGCAGCUGAGAGUGGACAGUUGGAAGCUUUGAGAUACCUGGCAAAAUGUGGUGCUGAUAUAAAUACUCAAGCCAGUGAUAAUGCCUCUGCUCUUUAUGAAGCCUGUAAAAAUGGACAUGUACCUAUUGUGGAAUUUCUGUUGUCCCAAGGAGCAGAUGCUAACAAAGCCAAUAAGGAUGGCCUGUUACCACUUCACAUAGCAGCCAAAAAAGGAAUUUGCCAGAUUGUCUCCAUGCUGAUCCCUGUGACUAGCCGCACCCGCGUCAAGCGCAGUGGCAUCAGCCCCCUGCAUUUAGCAGCCGAACGCAACAACGAUGACAUCUUGGAAGAGCUGAUCGAUGCUGGCUAUGAUGUCAACACUGCCCUCUCUAACGAACGGUCCUGCCUCUACGAGGACAGACGCACUACCCCCCUCUAUUUUGCUGUUUAUAACAACAACAUCUAUGCCACAGAGCUCCUGCUGCAAGCCGGAGCCAAUCCCAAUGUUGACCUCAUCAACCCAUUACUCAUCUCCAUCCGCCACGGCUGCCUGAAGACCAUGAAGCUGCUCCUUGACCAUGGAGCAAACAUUGAUGCCUAUAUAUCAAGCCAUCCUACGGCAUUUCCGGCUACCAUCAUGUUUUCAAUGAAGUACCUUUCUGUGCUGAAGUAUCUCCUCGAUCUGGGCUGUGAUGCAGGCUCCUGUUUUGAGUGUCAGUAUGGAAACGGCCCACACCCUGCAUUAAAUUACAGACGAGAUAGACUUAAUGACCCUCAGGUGUCCAAGGAGCCAUCCAUAGUACAGUUUUGUGAAAUGGUGUCUACUCCAGAGAUAAGUCGCUGGGCUGGGCCGAUCAUCGAUGUUCUCCUGGAUUAUGUGGGUAACGUGCAGCUAUGUUCCCGGCUCAAGGAGCACAUUGACAGCUAUGAGGACUGGGCUGUCAUUAAAGAAAAAGCAGAGCCCCCACGACCUCUUUCCCAUCUUUGCCGCAUCAAGGUACGAAGCCUGGUUGGGAGAAACCGCAUUAAACUUCUUGACACCUUGCCUCUCCCAGACAGACUGAUCCGAUACUUGCAGCAUGAUUACACACAGUGA